GCUGCUGGUGAUAAAAUAAUGUGAUGAAGAAAUAGGGGAGGGGGAGGGAGGGGGCGGGAAAGAUUCUCUGGAAGACACAAGCAUGAAGAAAAGCUCCACUUGAAGACCUAUGAAAUUUCCGACACUAGAACCUUUGUAUAUAGUUUUCAGUAACCUUCGGCAGGGGGCGCUCGGAAGUGGUCACCACUUUCCGGACAGCCUCCGGGACUUUACCCUUUAGAAAAUUGUACAGUGUUUCCGGCUCUUCUUGUAGACGCUCGUAAGUGUUCGGCAGGUUCCGGCGAGACUCGGCAACUGCACGUCUCGCUCACUCAGCUCCGGUGGGUGCAGGGUCCCGGGCAAAGUCAUGGCGUCCCCAUCUCGGAGACUGCAGACUAAACCCGUCAUUACUUGUUUCAAGAGCGUCCUCCUGAUCUACACGUUCAUUUUCUGGAUUACUGGUGUUAUCCUUCUUGCCGUUGGCAUUUGGGGUAAGGUGAGCCUGGAGAAUUAUUUUUCCCUUUUAAAUGAGAAGGCCACCAAUAUCCCCUUUGUGCUCAUUGGCACGGGCACUGUCAUUAUUCUUUUGGGCACCUUCGGCUGUUUUGCUACUUGCCGAGCUUCUGCAUGGAUGCUGAAACUGUAUGCGAUGUUUCUGACUCUCAUUUUUUUGGUCGAACUGGUCGCUGCCAUCGUAGGAUUUGUUUUCAGACAUGAGAUUAAGAACAGCUUUAAGAACAAUUAUGAAAAAGCAUUGAAGCAAUACAACUCUACCGGAGACUACAGAAGUGAUGCGGUAGAUAAGAUUCAAAGUACGUUACAUUGCUGUGGUGUCACAAAUUAUAAGGAUUGGAAAGAUACUAAUUACUACUUAGAAAAAGGAUUUCCGAAGAGUUGUUGUAGAGUUGAAGACUGUUCUCCACAGAGAGAUGAAGCUAAAGUCAACAACGAAGGAUGCUUCAUAAAGGUAAUGACCAUUACUGAGUCAGAAAUGGGAGUCGUCGCAGGAAUUUCAUUUGGGGUUGCUUGCUUCCAGCUGGUAGGAAUCUUUCUAGCCUACUGCCUCUCUCGUGCCAUCACAAAUAACCAGUAUGAGAUAGUGUAACCAACAUAUCUGCGAGCCUUGCUCCUCUCCAACUUUAAGGACACUUAGGUUACCCCCUGUGAACUACAAAAAUGCCUGGAUGGAACGCUGACGAAUACUACAUACCAGUAGAUUGAAAGACUACAUCAAGAGACCUAAUCAAUCUUCUAAAUCUGCCUUUUAGUGCCAUUUUUUGUUAGGUCAUUGAAACCCUGUAUUCCUCCGAAACACUGGAAGAGCUAGUAAAAUGUAAAUGAAAUACUGUG